GCGAGAUUCAUUGAAGUUAGUCACAUCUUGAAAAAAUGGCUUCAAAGAGACCAAAACUAUCGCGCGCUGGCACGAUGCAGCAAACAGCUGAGGUGAGUGAAAAUUUUGAUACAAAUCUACGAAUUCCGAUCCUCUUACAUCGAUCUUAAAAAUUAUUUUAUGUGACAGGUCUGUGUUUAAAGCUGUUGCAAGCUUACUUCGACGCGUGUUUUUUGCGCGUUUGCUUUCAUGACAGACAUGGGCUUUACAUUACCGAGGUAUUUUACUAUCACUGAAAUCAGCGUUCGAGUUAGUCAAGCUCCAGUAUUUUUCUUUGAUGCUGCGAAAAAGCGCCAUUGGAGUGGACGCACUGAUACACGCUAUGACCCACGUAUUUCCCGUACCCUGUGGUCACUGAGAAUCGACUUCUGCGACCGUGUGUGCGGUUCGGCUUUUAUCUAUUUACUUUCCUUAACUCAGGAGGACGGAAGGGGAGGGGUGGUAUCAGCAGAGAUUGAGACUGAGUGGAAGAGAAACUGACGAUUGUGAGCUUAUCACUGCAGCUACUAUGUGCCAGCUUGUAAUAGGCUUCGUUUCGUGUGUGUAUUCGUGUCUUAAAUCUUAGGAGCAGAGGAAAUCGACCCUAUAUUUUCAGAUAUGUUUAGGAUCAGGUUUUUAAGUUCUUUCAGCAAGUGAAUGUGCUACGCUAAGGGUAGUAAAGAAGGGGUCCUUAUCCUGUUUCAUGCACGAAUUUAAGAAAACAUCACGCGUCACGUGCAAUUUAAACAGUAUUUCACGAGUCACGAAUUUAUAAGGAAAACUACAAAUCUCACCUUUCUUUGCCUUUCCUGUUUGUAAAAUUCACGCAUCACGAAUUCAUUACGGGCUUAAUCACUCGUCAUUCAUAAACCCCUGUGUUAACCCUUUGCCACAACCCUUUACACUGUUGCCUCAGCCUGGAUCAUUCUCAUGUCUAAAAUAACUCGCUUGUUUUUCUUUGUCGUUCAAUAGGAGGGCGCCGAGUUCUUGGCAAGACAUGGCAUUGAAAGUCCAUCAGCGAAGUAUAGACUUGGUGCACAAGACAAUGAUGAUAAGAAACAAGAGGAACUGGAUAAUGAUGACAUUGAAACUACUCCUAAACGGCUCAAGAGACAGUCAACGAUGGCUGAGACAGCUAAGGUAAAAGCACAGAGAUGUGCGUCGCUCGCCAGCUUAGUACUGAAGAUAGGGAAAAUAGGGAAAAUAGGAAAAAACCUUCUAUUCCCGUUCAACGGGAAAAUAAAGAAUCCCUAGACGUAUGCCAUUCGCGAAAUUAUCUAGAAUUUCAUUCAAGAUUCUGACUUUUACAUUCUGUUGUGCUCUCUCAAAGGAUUAAUGUUAGUGCGCAUCCAACUGACACUUGCAAGUUUCUUCUUCAUGCUUAGGAAGGAGCAGUAUUUCUUCAAAGAGAAGGAUACUCUGCAGACUCUCCUGAUAGGACCCCGGCCGAUUCAUCAGAAGAAGACCAAGAAACCCCAAAGGUGAAACGUGCUUCAACCAUGGAGGUCACAGCAAAGGUAUUUCCUGAAAAGGCUUCAUGGCAAUUAACCCUUUAAACCCUAAGAGUGACUAGCAUCUAAUUUCUCCAUACAAUAUUAUCCCUGAAUCAAACAUUACGGUCAUGAGAAUGAAGGAAAGGAUUACCAAUAAAAGAAGCUUUUGAUCAGUUAAAAAUAUCUCCUUGUCAGCACCUUAGGAAAUGUAUAAAGAACAGUAUGGAGAAUAUGCAUGAUGACAUUAGGGUGAGAAGGGUUAAAAUCAGAAUGCGUUACGUUACUCCAUACUGAAUUUGCGCGGUAUAAAUAAAUGUUAUUAUUACUAUUAUUAUUAUUAUUAUUAUUAUUAUUAUUACUACGUUGAGAUAAGAAUGUAUGCGUGAAAGUGAGGGAAAUAAAGUUCAACUACAUAUGUUUCGUUAAUAAAUGACAGGAAAUGCACUGUGUUUGAAUAAAAAAAAAACAUGGAUUUGUUACUCAGCCAGUUCGAAGGUUUUUUUUGGUAGUUAGUUGUGGCGUGACACAUUCUCAUUUGGACAUCAGUCACAUCACGAACUAAUAUUACAUUCGCUUAACCUUUUCACUCUCACGAUCUUAUUAUUAAUUUUUCAUACAAUUCUAAUGAUGUUGCUUUGGAGAAUUCGGUAUUGGGAAUAACAUUCCUCUGGUUGAUACUUUAUAUUAAUUCAGUCUCAUUACAUACUUGUCUGCUUGAUAUUGUUUUGAUAUUGUAAGGAGAAAUUCUGUCUUGGUUACUUAUGGGAGUUGAAGAGUUAAUCACACAGUUUGCACACUAGCAAGUGUCACAAGAAACUUUUACCAAAUUGAGUGAAGACAAAAAAAACAAAUGACAAGUUUGUUUGUUUUUCUCUGUGGUUAACAAGGUAACUUGUCUAGAAAAGUUUUUCAGAAAAUUUCGUCUCCUUUAUAGCUGUCCUCUGGAAUGUCACGAAACGAGCUUUUUUUUUUUAGGGGAAAGGGGUGCGUGACAUAUCAUGUAAGGGGAAAGAGGAGAAGGAGAUUAAGGGAAAUUUUAUGCCAACGAUUUUUCAUUAAUAACUGCAUGUAAGUGAGAAGUUUUUUGCCAAAGUAUCUUAAGUACGAUUUUUCAUAAAGAAUUGCUCUUACUAAAGAAAGCUUCCCACCGUCGAUGAGACUUCAACUCGCACCGUUGAAGACGUAAACGCCAUAUUCCCAAGCUUCAGCGUGACUCCACUAUUGACGUCACCGUUAAGGUAACCCCCCUCCCUACUGAAUCAUCUCAUAGAAGGUUCAGGAAGCCACACUUCAAAAGACUAUGUCGCAAAUCUUAACAGCUUUCUUAAAAUUUUAUCCAGGCUUCGUUUGUGUGCUGAAUCAUUGAGCUUUUGCAAAGUGCAAAACUACCUUCAGCUUGAAGGAAAGAUGUAAUAAUGCCAAAGGUAGAAUGUUGAGGUAGCAAUUGAGCCAAGUGACUCAUUUGGUCGGAGCUUAGCCCAGUUUCCUUAGCAUGAAGUGACCAGGGAUAUUGCUAUUCCCUUCUGGAUGGGAUGCUAUUCCGUCCCAGAUCACCCUCCAGCAUUUCGUCAGAUUUCCUUUACAGUUCACUAGUACCCAUCCAUACUCCUGUCUUGCUCAAGGACACAGCACUUUCACAUGACCAAGUCUCAAACUCGAACCUCUCGUCCUGGAGUUCAGCGCAGUUCCUACCUUUUUAUUUAUUUUAAUAAAAAUACUGGGAUCAAUAUUAGUAUCAGGGCAACUGCCCUACCUACCCCUCCCCUAACUCGACAACAGUCAAUUGACAACAAGUUAAGGUUAAUGUUGGGUGAGGGAAGGGGUUGGUGGGCAGUCGCCCAGAUACGCCAAGAUGGAACAAGGAUAGGUUAGAGCCUGAAUCCGUGAGAGAAGAAUUGGUGUUGGCCUAUUUUUUUGUGGGUAUAAUGGGACUGCGGGCUCUGGGACUGGGAAUUACAAAACGCAUCAAUGAGCAUUGAGCAGGACGAUUCAGACAAGUUUUUGGGUGGGGAAGGUCUCUCCCUUCCUAACAGAAGUCUCUUAAAGAUGGACAGGAUCAACACGCAAUACAAAGGACGAAUUGAAAAAAAUAUAUAUAUAUUAACUGCUAUAAUUUUCGAUUUUACAUGAAGUUCUAUCAACUAAUGUAAUCUUGAUUACCAGUAUAUUUUGGCUUUGAUAGUCUUUUGUCCCUCCGAUAUUGUUUUUAGGAGGGCCAGGAGUUCUUGCAACGGACAGGGGAAAUAAACGAAAAUGAACUAGAAGAAGGUUCAGCAGACACACCAUCUCGUCCCAAGCUACAACGAGACUCAACAAUCGAUGUAACAGUGAAGGUAAACCCUAGUUUUUACUGUGAAAAACGUUGUGAUAUUUUCAUGAUGCCUGACUUAUCUAGCUGUGUGUUCGAUCUGCUACCCUGCCAGAGAAAAAGUGAAGAGACUUAGCCGAUAGCAGAUGCCGUAGGAAAUGUUAGUAAUGUUUUGGGGGAGGGGCCGGAAGAGGCUCUGCUAUGAAUUUUUGUCGAGGAUGAUUCGGUGUAUGGUUCAAUCCGGAACUGACAGUCAAUUAAAUUGUGCCUAGGUCUUGGUAGUCUAUGAAGGACUGUUCUCGGUGUCAGUGAGCAAAGUUUCGAUUCGAAUACUUGCAGUAGAGUUAGUAACUUUUGAAACUGUUCUUCCGAAUGUGAUAAUUACUGCCGCUCAAGUUGUCAGCUGUGUGAUCACUUCGUUCGAUCGAUUUCCCCCUGUUUCUUGAAAUCCUGAGUCCCUCUUAAGUCUUAGGUGAUUUUAGAAUAUUUUGCGCUUGUUUUACUUGUCAUCUCUGUCUCUCCUUUUCUUAACUGUAAAAUCUGUCCUUGAAAAGUUUUUAUUUUUGACAAUUAUGACGUGUCAAGUUUUGGAUAAAGAAGCUUUCUUGUAAAAAAAAAAAAAAAAUCAAAGCAACCAUUAAGACUGCGAAUAAAAACUUUUGAAGGCAACGGUGCUACUUUUUAGCACUUUACGCAUAAGCUAAGUCUUAAUCGAGUGAAAAUCUGUUUACUGUUGAACAGGAAGGAGAGGAAUUCUUACGACGAUCCGGGGCCCUGUCAGAGGAAGGAGGUGACGAGAUAUCCAUCGGUAAAGACGAUGAAGAUGACGACGAUACGAGAGCCCAGGAUGAGGAAAAUAAUGAUGAGUGCAUUCCUUCACUUGUGCGUGACACGACCAUGAAAGAGACAGCCAAGGUAAGGAAUAUUGCAAAGCAAUCGAUCGACUUCCAUAAAUAAUAGUACAUGUAUAAAAGACGGCCAGUAUACUUGUUCAGCCAUUUUAAAUAAUUUAACCCAUCCAUAGUCUUAUCCUUAAAAAGCAAUUAAUAUUUAACAACUAUUGGCAGAAGCGAAGGUGGCUAUUGGCAGAUAUUUAUCGAGCCGCAAACCAAACCUGCGAGGUAAAAAUUCACUGCUAAAGCAAUGCACCGACACUGAGAUGAAUAGUUUUUUUAGUAUAUACAAAAACAGUGAAAUGAUACACCACAUAAAGACGAUUUUCACUCAUUUAUUCCGACGUGUGCAAUAGUUUAGGGUGCAAAUCCCGUGCGAGUUGCUUGAGGUGAAUAGCUAAGCAUAUUCGGAGUUUGAGUCAGAGCGCGCCUUCAGUGCUAUUCACUGUUUUGGUAUAUGCUAAAAACACUAGUGCCGCACUUAAACUUCGCCUUCCCUCCUACAAGAGAAUUACUCUUGUUAGUUUUAAAUUGGCUUUGUCUUUUCAAAAACGACUAUCAUACGGUCGCUUCAACGAACAAAUUUCUGAUCCAAUCGAAUCGAGUGAUAACGCGCACAAACAACCAUGCAAAUAAAGGCCAGAAUAUCCAUCGAUGACUCUUGAAACGUGGCUUAGCUCUGUUAUUAUAUUUUAGAUCGGCAAGCAAUUUGUCAGCGAGGAGGGACGCGCUGAAUUACAGUCCCAAACAGCAGUUCUUCGUGAAGCCGAACGAGAGUCUGGGACGACCAAACCUCACCGUGCGCCCCUGAAAAGAGCUGGGACUAUGGACGUCACGAAAGCGGUAAUUUAUUCUUUUUAAAGGCGAACCGCAAGCAUUCUUUAGGAUGAUAACAAACGCAGCGAAGGCUCAAAUUAAAGGAAAAAAAAAAGGCACUCUUCUCAUAACAAUUUAUCGCGCUGGUCUCGCCGUAUUUCAUUUUCUCCCUUUUCAACGAGUUAUCUUUGUAUCUCAAUGAAUGUGAUGAAUACAUUGCAAUAUACAUUAAAAUACACUUGAAAAAGAGCGCAUGGGUGAAUAACUUUCAAGAUAUACUUGUUAACUCUCUCCUCUGGCUGCUACACAUUUCUUUGUUCAUUAGUUAUGAGAAUCUGGUGCCAGAUCAAGAUAACACUGAACUUCUGCCUGAUAAGUUUCAUUAUUCUUUAUACCUGUUUACUGGAUAAUGUAUAGAUAAUACUGGGAGAAGUUAUAGGUUAAUCACUUUUGGGAGUUAAAGGGUUUAAAAGUUUAUUUGAAUUUCUUCCUCUUCAGGAAGGUGAAGAAUUUUUGAAACGCAAGAGGACAUAGGAUGAUCUCACUGUGCCCAAAUACAAAUAGUAAAUAAUUUUCCAAGAUAACACGUAAACAAAACAAGACAUUCAAACAGAAGGCUUUUUUAAUCUUCCAUAAUUGAUUAAACGACUAAAUGAUGUCUCUCCUUCUCUUUGUUGGAAAUAAAAUAACUUGGUGGUCAUGCGUACUGCAUGAUUUGCCUUCCCUUGCCAUUGUGAACAAGUUUUAAGUAUUACUAAAGUCUUCACGAGAAGUGAAACACUGAGCAAUCCAGGUUUGUACUGAAAGUAAGGGUGAAAUCUAAGUGCAUACAUCUUCUCAUUUCACAAAGGAAUAUUUAAAAGACAAGAAAAGACUGCUAAAAUUCAGUUGUUACAAAGAUGUGUGCGAUCUUUUAAACGCCUCUCAAGCAGCAAUGUUUUUAAAUUUCUCACGGGCAAUUUUUUCCAGCCGAGAAAGGAUAUUUUUCUGUGCAGUUGAGUGAAUGGUUAAACAGAUGCACAGAUCAAGGGUCAAACUUCUUCCAUCCUGUUUGACAUUUGCCCCACGUUGAUUACGGAACUUUCGGUGCCAUCACGUUUAUGGUGAGAUUUAUUCGGAUAAAAACCAUUUCAUAGGUGAAAAAACCUUCACAUAAAGAGUCUUGAAUCGCUUAAGUUUCUAUUCUCAUGUUGAUUUAAAAUUCAAAACGAAUAGUCACCAAUUUUAAACGAAUUAUUUGGGUUCUCAAAGGUCUAUUCGUUUCAGACCGUGUCACGAAACAAGAGAAUCUAUGAUAAAUCAAUAAUAAACAUAAUUAAAUCAAAUUUCUUUCCUUAGUUAUCGAAAUCGGUAACGCCAGAAUGCAGCCAGCUCUCCAUAGCAAGUAUACUUGCUAUACACUACAAGACCUCUAUUUGUCCUUGCCAUGUAGCUUAAUAUCAGAUUGUUCCUCACUCGGGUAUAAUUUUGUAAUCGGCGUUUUAUUAAGUAUAGUUGUGGUUAUGUAAAGUAAACAAAGCCUUCGACGCCGAAUAUGUUUUGGUCGAUGCGCUUCACUAGGAGGGAGCAAAGCUAUAAUUGUGUUGUUUUUAGGUAGGAAACUACGUACUCCAUUGCGUUUAACAUUUCUGGAAAACGUUUUGUUAACUUGAAUGUGCAACGAGAUGUAUCUUAGUGUGAUAUCUACAUUUUGUGACUUUUGUGACUUUUUGUGAAUUUUUGUUAGGGUCACUAAGUAACGCGAGUGAAUUAAAAUACUACUGGCCCUACUCAAAUUCAACUUAUUUACGAAUAUUCUACGUUAGAAUU